CCCAUCAGCGAAUCCACCGGGGAAAGAGGCCUCAGGAAUGCUGGAAGCGCCGCAAAAGUUUUCCGGAGAGAUGGUGUCUUUCUAGGCCUCAGAACAGCCCAACUGAAGAGAAGGCCUGCAAGUGUGUGCAGUGUGGGCUGUGCUUUUCUCAAAUGUCAGAGUUUCUUAAACAUCAGCAAAUCCAUACCAGAGAACAACCUUAUAAAAGUCUGGAGUAUGGCAAAUCAUUCAAUGAAAAAUUGACCCUUAAGACCCAUGAGAAACGUCACACAGGAGAGAAACCUUACAAAUACAUGCAAUGUGGAAAGAGUGUUGCUGGUAAUCUGCAGCUUUGGGUCCAUGAGAAACUUCACACAGGAAAAAAAUCUUAUAAAUGCUUUGAGUGUGGAAAAUGUUUCACUCGAAGUUCAUAUCUUCGGAGCCAUGAGAAAACACACAGAGGGGAGAAAAAUGAAAAGUGCCUAGAAUGUGGGAAAUAUUUUUCCCAGAAGUCAGACCUAGUGCGACAUCAGAGAAUUCACACUGGAGACACACCCUAUGAAUGCCCUGAAUGUGAGAAACGAUUUGUGAAUUCUUUUGGACUUCGGAGACACCGGAUGAGGCACAAAGGAGAGAAACCGUAUAAAUGUGAGGAGUGUGGCAAAAGUUUUAUUUCACUAGCAAGCCUUCUGAUUCAUCAGAGAAUCCACACGGGGGAGAAACCAUACAAGUGUGGGGAAUGUGGGAAAUGUUUUGCUCAAAAGGGAGGACUUUGGGAACAUCAGAAAAUUCACACAGGGGAGAAGCCCUAUCAAUGCAUUGAGUGUGGAACAUUUUUUCGUACAAUAUCAGGCUUAAGAUGUCAUGUGAAAGUGCACACAGGGGAAAAAAAUUACAAAUGUUUAGACUGUGGGAAAGCAUUUGCUUCUUCAUCAUCCCUUAGAAAUGAAAAAAAUUACAAAUGUUUAGACUGUGGGAAAGCAUUUGCUUCUUCAUCAUCCCUUAGAAAUCACAACCGCAUAAGUCAUAUAGGGGAGACGCCCUAUAAAUGCUUGGAGUGCAAUAAAUGUUUUUCCAGGAAAGAUACUCUUUUGAAGCAUCAGAGAAUUCAUACUGGAGAAAAACCUUAUCAGUGCCUGGAGUGUGGGAAAUCUUUUCCUUACAAAGAAUAUCUUAGAAACCACGAGAGAAUUCACACAGGAGAGAAACCUUACAAGUGUGGGCAAUGUGGGAAGUGUUUUACUCGCAACUCACAGCUUUGUGUCCAUCAGAAAAUUCACACAGGAAUAAAACCUUAUAAAUGCCUUGAGUGUGGAAAAACCUUCACUCGGAAUUCAUCUCUUCGGAGUCAUAAGAAAAUACACAAAGGGCAGAAAAAUGAAAAGUGCCUAGAAUGCGGGAAAUGUUUUUCCAGGAAAUCAAACUUGGUGCGACAUCAGAGAGUUCACACUGGGGAUAGACCCUAUGAAGGCCCAGAAUGUGAAAAACGAUUUGUGGAUUCUUCUGAACUUCGGAGACACCAGAAGGGGCACAGAGGAGAGAAGCCGUAUAUAUGUGGUUUUUGUGGGAAAAGCUUUAUCUCAGCAACAAAGGUUCAGAUUCAUCAGAGAAUUCACACAGGGGAAAAGCCGUACGAAUGCAGGGAGUGUGGGAAAGGUUUUAUCUCAGCAACAAAGGUUCGGAUUCAUCAGAGAAUCCACACGGGGGAGAAGCCAUACAAAUGUGGGGAAUGUGGGAAAUGCUUUUCCCAAAAAGAAUACCUUGGAACCCAUCAGAGGGUCCAUGCAGGAGUGAUACCAUACGGAUGCAUAGAAUGUGGGAAAUGUUUUGCUCAAAAGGCAAGAUUUCUGGAACAUCAGAACAUUCAUACAGGUGAGAAGCCCUAUCAAUGCAUUGAGUGUGGAAUAUUUUUUCAUAUCAAAUCGGGCCUUAGACGUCAUAUGAAAGUUCACACAGAGGAAAAAAAAUACAAAUGUUUAGACUGUGGGAGAGCAUUUGCUUAUUCGUCAUCCCUUAGAAAUCACAGCCGCCUAAUACAUAUAGGAGAGAGGCCCCAUAAAUGCUUGGAGUGUGAAAAAUGUUUUUCCAGGAAAGAAACUCUUUUGAAGCAUCAGAGAAUUCAUACUGGAGAAAAACCUUAUCAGUGCUUGAUGUGUGGGAAAUCUUUUCCUUACAAAGAAUGUCUUACAAACCAUGAGAGAAUUCACACAGGAGAGAAACCUUACAAGUGUCCGCAAUGUGGGAAGCGUUUUACUCGCAACUCACAACUUUGGGUCCAUAAGAAGUUUCAUACAGGAAUAAAACCUUAUAAAUGCUUUAAGUGUGGAAAAUGUUUUGCUCGAAGUUCAUAUCUUCGGAGCCAUGAGAAAACACACAGUGGGGAGAAAAAUGAAAAGUGCCUAGAGUGUGGGAAAUGUUUAUCCAGCAAAUCAAGCCUGGUGCGACAUCAGAGAAUUCACACCGGAGACAGACCCUAUGAAUGCCCAGAAUGUGAGAAGCGAUUUUUGGAAGCUGCUGAACUUCGGAGACACCAGAAGGGGCACAGAGGAGAGAAACAGUAUAUAUGUGGGGAGUGUGGGAAAAGUUUUAUCUCAGCAACACAGGUUCGGAUUCAUCAGAGAAUCCACACAGGGGAGAAGCCAUACAAAUGUGGGGAGUGUGGGAAAUGCUUUUCCCAAAAACAACACCUUGGAAGGCAUCAGAGGAUGCCAUACAAAUGUGGGGAGUGUGGGAAAUGCUUUUCCCAAAAACAACACCUUGGAAGGCAUCAGAGGAUGCCAUACAAAUGUGGGGAGUGUGGGAAAUGCUUUUCCCAAAAACAACACCUUGGAAGGCAUCAGAGGAUCCAUGCAGGAGUGAAGCCAUAGAGGUGCGUAGAAUGUGGGAAAUCUUUUGAUCAAAAGGCAGUACUUUGUAAACUUCAGAAAAUUCACACAGGGGAAAAGCCCUAUCUAUACACUGAAUGUGGAAAAUUAGUUUGUAGUGGAUCAGUCCUUAGAAGUUAUAUGAAAGUUCACACAGGGGAAAAAAUUAUAAAUGAUUAGACUGUGGGAGAGCAUUUGCUUGUCAAUCAUCCCUUAGAAAUCACAGCCACCUAAUGGAUAUAGGAGAGACAUCCCAUAAAUGCUUGGAGUGUGUUUUUAUUUGAAAGGUGGUCUUUUGCAGCAACAGAGAAUUCACACUUGAGAAAAACUUUAUCAGGGUUUAGAAGGUGGCAAAUGGUUUACCUGAUACAGGUAGUCCUUGACUUACAACCACAAUAGAGACCAGAACUUCCAUUGCUAAGCGAUGUGGUCAUUAAGUGACUCGCGUGAGACUUUACAACCCUUUUUGCCAUAGUCAUUAAGUAAAUCAGCAUGGUCAUUUAGUGAAUCAUUUGUUCAUUAAGCAAAUCUGGCAUCCUUGUUGAUUUUGCUUGUUGGAGGCCCCGUGGGAAGGUUGCAAAUGGUGAU